AUGACGGAGAAGAACGGCGAGUGUGAGUGGGGGGAGGAGGAGGAGGACGGGGAGCGGAGCCGGUGUCGCCGCCGCCCGGAGAUGAGUCUGGAGCUGACCGCUUCUCUCCCCGGAGCCCGGCUCACCGGAGGACGAGGAUGAGGAGGCGGACAGAUUGCCGGUCCCGGGCCGGAGGAGGACCCGAUCCAGCACCUCCCGGCCCCGCUAUGAGGUCGUCACCGAGCUGGGCCCGGAGGAGGUCCGAUGGUUCUACAAGGAGGAGCGGAAGACAUGGAAAACCGUUCAUCGGAUCCGACUCUCUGCGGGUGGAGCGCGCCUACCGGAGACUGCUGGACGCCGGGGAACCGGAGGGGGCGGAGCCUGAGACUACCGGGCCGGUGUGUGUGCGGAGCGGGCUGUACGAGGUGGACGUCACCGAGGGGGAGUGUUACCCGGUGUACUGGAACCAGGCGGAUAAGAUCCCGGUGAUGCGAGGACAAUGGUUCAUCGAUGGCACUUGGCAGCAGCCGCUGGAUGAAGACGAAGGUAACUCGAUUGAACAGGAACAUCUGAAGUGCUUCCGGGGUCAGCAGAUGCACGACAACUUCGACCUGGAGGUGGCCAAGCCGGUGGACCACAAGGAUGCCAUUCACAGCCUGAAGCUGAGCCGCAGCCACGUGGACUGGCACAGCGUGGACGAGGUCUACCUCUACAGCGACGCCACCACGUCCAAAAUAGCGCGGACCGUCACCCAGAAGCUGGGCUUCUCCAAGGCUUCAAGUAGCGGCACCAGGCUGCACAGAGGGUACGUGGAGGAGGCCACAUACGAGGACAAGCCUGUAGAUACAAGUCACAUUGUUUUCGUUGUCCAUGGCAUUGGGCAGAAGAUGGACCAAGGCCGGAUCAUCAAGAACACGGCUAUGAUGAGGGAGACGGCCAGGAAAAUUGAAGAGAAGCAUUUCUCCCACCUGACCACAGAGCACGUGGAGUUCCUUCCUGUGGAAUGGCGAUCCAAGCUUGCUCUGGAUGGAGACACCGUAGACUCCAUCACUCCGGACAAGGUGCGCGGUAUACGGGACAUGCUGAACAGCAGCGCCAUGGACAUCAUGUACUAUACCAGCCCGCUGUACAGAGACGAGUUGGUGAAAGGUCUCCAGCAAGAACUGAACCGUCUCUACAGCCUGUUCUGCUCCCGGAACCCGGAGUUCGAGGACAAAGGCGGGAAAGUGUCCAUCGUGUCGCACUCGCUGGGCUGCGUGAUCACGUACGACAUCAUGACGGGCUGGAAUCCGGUGCGCCUCUAUGAACAGCUGGAGCAGCACGAGGACGAGGAGACGGAGGAGCAGUGGAUCAGUUACGAGGAGCAGCAUCUGCUCAGAGAGCUCUUCUUGACCAAACAACGAUUAAAAGAACUGGAAGAUCGAUUGCAGGGACUGAAGAAUUCCUUGACGACGACGACUCCUGCCUUAAAGUUUAAGGUUGAGAAUUUCUUCUGCAUGGGAUCGCCUUUAGCGGUCUUCUUGGCGCUGCGCGGCAUCCGUCCCGGAAAUAGCGGGAAACUCAAGAUCAUAUUUUGCCUCGAGCCAUUUGUAACCGUUUGUUUAAUAUCUUUCACCCAGCAGACCCAGUGGCCUACAGAUUGGAACCAUUAAUACUGAAGCACUACAACAACAUCUCACCAGUCCAGAUCCACUCCUCCAACACCACCAACCCCGUCCCUUACAAACAGAUGAGACGGUUCUCAUCAACCCAUCCAAAGAUACUACCUCAGUGUCCGACACCGAAAGCAUACCGAGUCCCAGCACAUCGCCGGUUCUGCCUCGACGGCACUACGGAGAGUCCAUAACUAACAUCGGCAAAGCCAGUAUAUUAGGGGCCGCCAGCAUCGGGAAGGGUCUGGGGGGAAUGCUCUUCUCAAGAUUUGCACGUUCUAGUGCAGCCAACUAUGAAGUAAAAGAAACUGCCGAAGGGGAGGACAAAAAACCAUUACAAAGCCAGAGCACCACCACGACGGCGACGACCCAGACGCUUCCGCACAGCGUCUCCGGAUCUCUGGACUCCGCAGCGGUGGAGUUGGAGAACCGGAUCGAUUUUGAGCUGCGAGAGGGAUUGGUGGAGAGCAGAUACUGGUCGGCCAUGACGUCGCACACCGCGUACUGGUCCUCCAUGGACGUUGCACUUUUCCUUCUGACAUUCUUGUACAAAGAAGCCCAGUUGGAGGAAGAAGACAAGCUGGGGGUAGAGGAGGUGUAG